AUGUCCAGCUUCGAUGCAGCUGUCUUUGGGUUCACGAUACCUUAUCUGUUCCUGACGCUGCUUAUUGGUGUCUACGUCUCCAAGCACAUUACAAACGUACAGGAUUUCGUCCUGGCAGGAAGAAGUCUGCCUCUUUUUGUCACGGUCUCCUCCAUGUUCUCCAUGUUCUUUGGAGCAGAAGCCACUCUGGGCGCAUCGUUCAAUAUGGCGGCAGGGGGACUGAGUGGGGAUGUCGUUGCUGACCCUUACGGAGCAGCGCUGUGCUUGAUACUCUACGGGAUCUUCUAUGCUCGACCUCUCUACAAGACAAACAACUUGACGCUGUCUGACUUCUACGUCGAGAGGUUCGGACCCAAAGUCGGCGUACUGAGUGCGAUCAUCAAUACUAUAGGAUACCUCAUGUGGACCGCAGGACAAAUCAAAGGCCUUUCACUGAUCGCUGAUCGAACGUGGGGGAUGCAGAAGGAUCUUGGAAGUGUUAUCAUGACUGGCCUCAUCACUCUGUACACCUUUCGAGGAGGGAUGAUUGCAGUGGCAUGGACAGAAACGUUUGAGAGUAUCGUGAUCGUUGUGUGCUUGAUCAUCGCUUCGGUAGAGCUGGGGGGGAGGACAGAGACUACAUUUCUUGGGGCCUACUCAACUUAUCAAGAGAGGAUGCAGCCAAAUGUGGGCGUGGAGGGAGACUAUUACGGUCCCUUCCGCGGCGUUCUCAACUUCAUUGCUCAAUGGAGCUAUAUCGGCAUCGGGUCUAUUCCCUCGCAAGACAUCUAUGAGAGGAUGAACGCAGCUCGUUCGCCCUUCUUUGCGGUCGUGGCCUCAAUCGUUGCCGGCUGCCUCUACAUCGUUGCCGCUCAGAUGCCCCUGUUCAUCGGGCUCGUGGCGAGGAAGGAAUAUUACCUCGCUACCUGCGGGAACGUUAUGGGGUGCGAGGAGGCAGACAUAUCAGCUCUCGACGAAGGCCUGAUCCUCGACGUGAUGAAGAAGUACACAGACGACGUGACUAACGUCUUGUUCUACGCCGCCUACACCAGCGCCAUCAUGUCGACGUCCUCCGGCACCCUCCUUGCUGCGGGCGUGCUGAUCUCGAUGAAUAUAAUGCGCCCUUACUAUUCUGACUCGGACCCGUCGAAGCUCCUGCAGUACAGCCGCAUCACCACCGUCGUCUUCGCGCUCGUCUCAUGGGGCUUUACCUUUGCCAUGGAGAGCAUCUCAGACUUCGUCAACCUCAGCUCUGUCUGGCUCCUCGUCGGCCUCUUCUGGCCCCUUACCGCGGGGAUAUACUGGAAGCGAGCGACGGCGGUCGGGGCAGCCAUGUCGAUGCUUUCUGGUGUCUUCACUUACACCCUCGUCUUCUGCCUGUCCGUCUCUACUCCCAUGGGUGAAGGCAGCGGAGGAUGGAUGCUGCAUCGGGUGGACUGUCUGUGGUACGCCAUGUUCGUUGGCCUCGUCCUCCUCGUCUUCGGUAGCCUCCUGCCCUCCAACGUGCAAGAUGGAAUCAACAAGGCCAUGGAUGCGAGUAUAGGCAAGCUCAAGGUCUUUCACGGUUACCCAGCAGAGGAAGCAGCGCAGGGCAAGGGAGCAGGAGCAGGAGCAGGAGCAGGAGCAGGAGCAGGAGCAGGAGCAGGAGCAGGAGCAGGAUCUUUGCAGAGGUCAAAAGCAAGAGCUAGAGCAAGAGCAAGAGCAAGAGCAAGAGCAGAAAGAACUGAAAGAAAUUUUUGA